UAUCUGCAUCUGGGAUCAGGCCCAUGAGCAGGACAAACCAGUCGAGCGUCUCCGAGUUCCUCCUCCUGGGACUCUCCAGGCAGCCCCAGCAGCAGCAUCUCCUCUUCGUGCUUUUCCUGAGCAUGUACCUGGCCACCGUCCUGCGGAACCUGCUCAUCAUCCUGGCCGUCAGCACAGACUCCCGCCUGCACACGCCCAUGUACUUCUUCCUCAGCAACCUGUCCUUUGUGGAUGUCUGCUUCUCCUCCACCACCGUCCCCAAGAUGCUGGCCAAUCACAUACUUGGGACUCAGACCAUCUCCUUCUCUAGCUGUCUCAUGCAGAUGUGUUUUCUCUGUAUGUUUUCUGACAUGAACAAUUUCCUCCUGGCUGUGAUGGCCUAUGACCACUUUGUCGCUGUGUGCCACCCCUUACAUUACGCAGCAAAGAUGACCCAUCAGCUCUGUGCCCUGCUGGUCACUGGAUCACGGGUGGUUACCAACUUGAAUGCUCUGCUGCACACCCUGCUGAUGGCUCAACUCUCAUUCUGUGCAGACAACACCAUCCCCCACAUCUUCCGUGAUGUGACUCCCCUCCUGAAACUCUCCUGUUCAGACACACACCUCAAUGAGUUGAUGAUUCUUACUGAGACUGCCGUAGUCCUGAUCACCCCAUUUCUUUGCAUCCUGGCUUCCUAUAUGCACAUCGCCUGUGCCAUCUUGAGGGUCCUAUCCAUGAAGGGAAGAUGGAAAGCCGCCUCCACCUGUGGCUCCCACCUGGCUGUGGUUCUCCUCUUCUGUGGUACCAUCAUAUCUCUGUAUUUCAGUCCUUCAUCCUCCUACUCAACUCAGAGAGAUAUAGCAGCUGCUGUGAUGUUCACAGUGGUGACUGCCAUGAUUAAUCCCUUUAUCUACAGCCUGAGGAACAAGGACAUAAAAGGGGCUCUUGUAAAAGUGAUUGCUGUGAAAUUCUUUUCUGUUCAAUAA